AUGGUAGCUGCAGGCUCAGCCCACCUGCCCAACGCCGUCGCAACGCCCCGGCCGUAUCCACAGGGCACUACGUGUGUGUACAGCAAGAAGGUGGAGUACCUGCACAACCUGGUUUUCAGGGCCCUUGAGACUAUUCACAACAAGAAGCAGCGGGAGCGCGGAGGCACAGACGAGGAGGGAGGCGCCAAGCGCGGCACACGCCAGGCCACGGCAGAUGACCUUGACGAGGCUUUCCUGUCUCUGGACGAGGUGGCCCUGGGCCAGGAGGCGGGGCUGGAGGAUAUUGACCUGGAUGAAGACGACGAGUUUGGCCCACGAGAGCUGCUGCGCCCGCCUACUGCGCUUUUGGCACUAGAGGACGCCGCUGCAGGGCAGGGCGAGACCGACGCUGGCAGCUACCGUCUUGCGCAGUGCGUAGUGCACGAGAGCGGCGCCCUGCUGCUGGAGCUGCGGGAUGGCGAAGCCUAUGACCGCCAGCUGCGCAGCCGGGUGGGGCAACCCGGGCGGAUGGCGGCUGCGGUGGCGGCUGCUGCAGCGGCGGCAUGCGGCGCUGCUGCAGGCUUGGAGGGUGGCGCCUUUGGAGGUGGUGGUGAUGCUUAUGAUGGUUAUGACGACGAUGGAGGCGGCGACUGGGGCGGCGGCAGUGACGGCGAAGAUGACAGUGGGCCGAUUGACAUGGACGACGGCCUGGCAGCACCGCAGCCUGCUGGUGGCGCAGGCGAUGACGCGGCGUUGGGUGGGAUGGCAGACGGCCCUGGCGACGCGCUGGUGGACGACGAUGGCGGGGCAGAUCCUGGGCAAGCAGUGCUGGCGUCAGCCAGUGGUGGCGCCGCAGAGCAGGCGGCCGGCGUGGCCCUUCGCCAGCGGCGCGGCGCAGGCAACGACAGUGCCGGGCAAGUCGCAGGUGUGGGCCAGGCGUUUGACCCCUACAAGCCCCUGGACCCCAACGACCAGGGCUCGCUGCUGAUCAAGCCACUGCAGGGCCGCGCGGUGCUGGACUGGUCUGACGUGGCAGAGGCGGAGCGUGAGGAGGAUGCAGCACUUGGAAUGGGCGGCGCCGACAGGGCAGUGGGGGCGCAAGUCGAUGAUGAUUGGGGUGGCGAUGACGGCGGUUGGGGCGACGGUGGGGGUGACUCUGAGGACGGCGAGCCAGGCGCUGGCGGCCAGGAUCAAGGACCCAGCGCGCUGCAGGCAGCUCUGGAGGAGGCAGCAGGCGGCGGCAUGGGUCCAAGCGGCUGGCUGCAUGGCGGUGGCAGCGGCGACGUCGCCAGUGGCAGCCACAAGAGCGACUCUUCUCGCCUGAGUUAUGAGGAGCUGUGUCGCGCCCAUAUCGAGAAGCUCAUUGCAGCAGCAGCGGCGCAGCAGGUCCAGUCAGACCUGCAGGUGCGUGUGUCCACGUGGCGGCAGCGCAUCGACCCUGUGCUGUCUGCUGAGGAGGACCGCAGUGCCUUUGACAUCCAUACGUACGGAGGCACCAUACUGAAGCGCCUUGGGGGCGAGGACGCUGCGGUGGCAGCGCCAGAGGAGGAGGAGGCGGUGCCAUUUGGGCGUGUUGUCACGUGCGACAAUCCGUUCGAAGUGGCGCGCAUGUUUGCCGCCAUGCUGCAGCUCGUCAACAACAGGAACGUUGAGUUGUGCCGCAGCGACGUGGAGAACCCCUCACAGCCCUUUGGCCUGCAGCUGCUGACCACUGACCGCCACCACGAGAACAUGGACGAGCGCAUCGGCGCCACGGCAGGGCCCCUGACGACGCAGCUGGCAUCACAGCUGGCAGCGGUGGCGGUGGGACACAGCCAGCAGCAGCCGAGCGGGCAGGCAGCCAAGGCAGCUAAAUUGGGCCGCAGUGGCGCGAAGGCCAAGGUAACGCGCACAGCGGCGGCGGCACAACCGAAGGGGGGCGGCAGCGGCAACGACAGUGGGGGCAAGGAUGCCAGCAGCAGCGAGGGCAGCGACAAUGAGAACCGUGGCAGGCGGCGGCAGAACAACGCGCUUACCAAGGGCACGGCAGGUUCACAAAAGCCUGCGGCCAAGCGGCUACGCCAGGCUCGGGUGCAGGCUGCUGCAUAA